UCCAGUUUUUUGUUAUAAGUCGUUGCGUUGGUGAUUUUUUUCAAAAAAUAAAUUCACGUGAGGAUAAUUGGAUUGGUCUUUGUUGAGAUAUGAGAUUUCGUAAUACUUGUUAAUUUUUGAUCAAGUAGUAGGAUUAAAUUUUUUAUUAAUAACAAAAUGGAAGAAAACGUUGUGAAACCGAUGAUUGCAAUCGAAGCAGAAUCUCAGAAGAUGCAAGAACUAAACAGCAUAGAAGGAUUAACAGUCUGCGAUCAAGAUGUAGUCGAAAGAGAAGUCCUUCGUCAGAUGAACGAAGCCUGUCAAGAUGAAGAAGUCGAAGAAGGAGAGUUAUCAGAAGAUGAGCAGAAAGAACCAUCGAAAAAUGAAACCAUCCCAAUGAUGUUUGUAAACGACACGGUUAAUGAGACAGAAGCCGAACGAAAAGUCAGACUAGGAGAAAUGACACCUUUCGGAAGUAUCCUUCAGUCGGAUUCAAAUGCUGCUAGCUCGUUGGAAAAAAAUUCAUCCGUAAUGAGAUACUUGAAACAGCAAGAAGAAUUGCAAAAGAAAUUCAAAAACGAGAAAAAAACACACGUUAAGCAGACGCAUCAAAAACAAGUGCUUCCGUCACCGAAAAAACGUCGAAAAAAAAUCAAACUCGGGACUGAAACUGUUGAAGAAUGUUCUGCUAAAAGUGGACCUCUUCUGAGUGAAAGAAUGACUAUAGAUUUCGAAGAGGCUUCCGGCAGUGAAUAUUGUCCUUCUGAUGAAGAUAUCAGUUCUUCCGAAAAUGAAAAUGAGUCGUCGAAAAAAGAAACUAAAGAAAACCGUCAAGGAAAGAAACGAAAAAAGGCUUUCCAUAUUUCCGGUGAUGAUAUGAGCGAUGAAUCCGAUACAGCAGUUGGUUCUACUCGCAAACAAAUCACACACAAAGUUACAAAAGAGUUAGACGACGGAGACGAAAUAGAAUACCAAAAUCGGCUGAAAGCGUACGAAAAAUCAUUCGAUACCACAGAAAUGCUGUAUUACGAAUUCGAUAACAGCUAUUUCAAAAUACCUCUUCAAACAUGGUCUAAAUUAUACAACUAUCAGAAAGUAGGUGUUCAAUGGUUGUGGGAGUUGAAUCAACACGAAGUUGGUGGAAUUCUUGGCGAUGAGAUGGGUCUUGGGAAGACCAUCCAGGUUAUUUCGUUCCUAUCGGGAAUAUUUUACAGCAAGUUGAAAAAUAAGCAUUUACCUUAUCGCGGAUUGGGUCCAUCUUUAAUUGUUUGUCCUGCUACUCUAAUGCAUCAAUGGGUUAAAGAAUUCCACCAGUGGUUGCCCCCUGUAAGAAUCGCUAUUUUACACGCUUCGGGCACUUAUUCAGGUGACAAAAAAAAAUUAAUAAGAGAGCUGUUUAAAUCACGCGGUAUAAUCGUCACAUCUUACGUCAGUAUGGUCCAAUACAGCGAAGAAAUACUACGAUAUGACUGGCAUUAUGUGAUUUUAGACGAAGGACAUAAGAUUCGCAAUCCCGAUGCCAAAAUCACACUGACGGUGAAACAAUUGAAAACACCUCAUCGUUUGAUUCUUUCCGGAUCUCCUUUGCAAAAUAAUCUCGAAGAAUUAUGGUCUCUAUUCGACUUCAUCUAUCCGGGAAAAUUAGGUUCUUUACCGAUGUUUCAAUCGCAAUUUUCUGUUCCUAUAACUCACGGUGGUUAUGCCAAUGCUUCCGAAGUUGAAGUAACGAUUGCUUAUAAAUGUGCUACCGUUUUGAAAGAACUCAUAUCUCCUUAUUUAUUAAGACGAGCCAAAUUGGAUGUAAAAUCGCAUAUAGAUCUUCCAGAAAAAAAUGAACAAGUGUUAUUUUGUCAGUUGACCGAAGAACAAAGGAGCUUGUAUAGAUCGUAUUUGGAUUCUGGCGAAAUUCAUAGAAUAUUAGAAGGCCAAGCUAAGAUAUUUGUAGGCUUGAUAAAUUUACGAAAAAUCUGUAAUCAUCCCGAUUUGUACAGCGGUGGUCCGAAAUUACUCGUUGGCCAAUCGGAAGAUCAUUUACCAGAAGAAGAACGUUAUGGAUACUGGAGAAAGUCUGGGAAAAUGAUAGUUUUGGAAACGUUGUUGAAAAUUUGGCAUAAACAGGGUCAUAAAGUUUUACUUUUUUCACAGAGUAAAAAAAUGCUGGAUAUUUUGGAAUUAUUUUUGAUAUCGCUCAAUUACUCGUUCUUGAAAAUGGAUGGUUCUACGAGUAUUGCUUCUCGACAGCCGUUAAUUACGAAAUUUAAUACCGACCCUAAUUACUUCGUAAUGCUGCUGACUACUAAAGUUGGCGGAUUAGGGGUUAAUCUAACGGGAGCCAAUCGUAUUAUAAUUUUUGAUCCUGAUUGGAAUCCGGCCACUGAUACUCAAGCUCGCGAAAGAGCUUGGAGAAUAGGUCAGAAACAAGACGUAACCAUUUAUCGAUUCAUCACCGUUGGAACUAUCGAAGAAAAGAUUUACCAUAGGCAAAUUUUCAAGCAAUUUUUAACCAAUAAGGUGUUAAAAGAUCCUAAACAGAGGAGAUUUUUCAAAUCCAACGAUUUAUUCGAACUCUUCACGUUGAAAGAAUCGAACCAAGAAGGCUCUACAGAAACUGGCGCUAUUUUUGCUGGAACUGGAUCUGAAAUUAAUCUGAAUAAUUUAAAUUUCAAGAAGAAAAAACCCAAAAAGAAGUCUCUUCCCGAAAUACAUUUUUCUAAAAGCAAGAUUGAAAAAAUGAAACUAAUCGCUCAACGUUUAAGCCAAAAAUUAGUUCAGCAAACUUCCACUUCUAAGCCAACAGAUGCUAAUGCUACUACCGAUGAAACCGAAUCUGCUCCUCAACCUUCUACUUCAACUUCGCAACAAAUUGAAACCUCGAAAAGUGAAAACAGUGCCGAAAAAGUACCUGAAUCAGAUCUAAAUAUCGUUAAAAGCAAUUCAAGCGAUGAAAGCCAUUCAAAAGUGGAAAAAUUGGACGAAUCGAAGAAGAAGAAAAAGAGUAAACGUAAGAAACACUUGUUUGAAGGAGAAUACGUACCUUAUCUUGUUAAAUCGAAAGCUGCCAAGCAAAAAGAAGAUGAAACUGAAGUUAAAGCGGAAAACGACGAAUACGUAUUGAAAAAAUUAUUCACGAAAUCUGGCAUUUGUUCUGCUCUUCAACACGACACAAUUAUGGAAGGAGGUCCAGCGGAUUUCGCUUUAGUUGAAAAAGAAGCCGAGAAAAUAGCUCAAGAAGCCAUCAACGAAUUGAAGAAGAGCCAAGAAACGUGUUUUCCAGCUCGAACUGGAAUACCGAACUGGACUGGUAAACAUGGAAAGAAACAAUCCACCACCAAGAUGCUUUCGUCGACCGAUAUUUUGGAUAAAAUCAAGAAAAGAAACGGUACCGUUGCACCUGCUAAAUCUGAAACUCAAGUUUUACUCGAUUUAAAAAAUUACCUAUCGAGUAUGGGUGGUACAGCGAGCACCGAUGCUCUGAUACAGAAUUUCCAGCCUCUGUUGCCUAUCAGUAUGACACCUUUGUUUAAAAGUUUACUCAACAAAGUGUGUACGUUUUACAGAGCUCCGGAUGGUAAAGGAUAUUGGAGUUUGAAACCGGAGUUUCAAUGAGUUCUUCCAAGGUGUUGCUUUUCCAUUUCCUGUGAUCGUAUUCUUUUUUGUGAAUGCAUUUUUUUAUAUGGAAUUUUUUGUAUUUUUGCCUAGUCAUUUGUUGAAAUUCAACUAAGACACUUGUUCGUUCAAUUUCAAUUUUUCGUAUACUUAUAUUUGCAAAUGUGAAUUCCACGUUGAAAUUUCGUUCUUAAUAUUAAGAUUUGUUUAUUGUUAGAGGGCUGUUGUGUUUUUUAAUUUAAAAGAUAUCUCUAUUUUUACCUCAAAUAAUGUGAUUUUUGUUUUAUUUAUAUCAUUUUGUAUCGAUUUUGUAUUCGUUAGGUUCUAGGUUGCAAUAAAAUCGUUUCGUAGAA